AUGAGUUCUACAAUAAAUCCUGUUCAGGAACAUUAUUUAAAGAAACAAUUAAUAAAAUUACAGUUGGCUCACGAAUUAAAUGAAUUAAAUUCAGUUGAUGCUUUGAGAAGAUUUGGGCAUCCAUUUGCUAAUGUUGAUCCAAAGACUAUAGCUAAAAAGAAAUCAUCCAAUGUAUUUGCUACUACAUUAAUGUUAUCUUCAUCAUCAUCAAAAAAUAAUAAGAAUAACUCCGUGAAUAGUAAUUCGGUUACAACUAAAGAAACUGCUUUCCCACUGCUAAAUUCAUUUUUAAGAAUAUUCAUAAUACCAUUUCCAUUAUUUUCAAAAGAUGUUAUCAAUGAUUCCAAAUUCUGGCAGCAAAAAUUACAAGUAUUUUAUGAACAUUUUAUGACUUUAAAUUUUAGUGACAGUGAAGAAAGAGAGAAGUUGACGAAAAGGAAAAAAAUAUCAGAAAAGUCAAAUAAACUGAUGUAUUUAUUAUUUGAUGCCCAUAUAAAUACAAUUAAUGAACUUGCUUAUUUUAGUACUGCAAAAGAUGCCUUUUUGACUGAAAAAGACGCACAUAAAAGGUCAAAAUUGGAAAAUUUUGGUAUCCCAUCACAAGAUACAAUUCAGUAUUUGGUAACUGAUGAACCAGUCUAUAUAAACGGUUGGGAUAUAAAUGUUAUUGGUAUACUGGACUCAAAAAAUACGAUUGAGAUUAAAACAAAAAAAGAAAGAGUAGUUUCUACUAGUAGUACUAGUUCUACAAAAUCAAGUUAUUCAUUAGGAAUUCCAUCCACUCCAAAAUGGAUGAAAAAUGCUAUUACCACAUCUACGACAACAUCAUCUGCAUUUUUUUCAAAAUUGGUUUCAACUGAAACUACUGGUGUCACCUAUAAAUCAAAAUCAAGUCAUUAUUUCCUAUUAAAAGUUAUUGAUAAUACAAAAGAGAAUGAAAGAUUAAUAUAUUUGAAGAAAAGUUAUGAAGAUUUCCAAGCCUUAAAUUUAGCAUUAAAGGCUGAUUUUCCAAGUAAGAGACUUCCAAAAUUGCCUCGCAAACAGAAGAUAAACGGCCUUAACUCACCUCCCCCAGAAAUGUCUGCUUUACAAGAUAUCCCAAUGUCCCCAUCUUUAUCGGAUGUAUUAUCAAAUUACAGCUUAGAUAAAUCAAUUGAAGAAGAAGGAGAAGAAGAUAAAAGCGUAACAGAACGUGAGGGACCUGAAUCAUUUAGCAUCAAUAACAAUUUAAAUUGCCCACGGGAAAAUACCAGAACUUCUUUGAGGCAAUAUCUAAGAGGUUUAUGUGAGGAUAAAGAUAUUGCAUUUAGUGAGAUAAUGUUCAAUUUCUUUAAGGAUUCAACCGAAGAUGUCAAAUUAUUAGGAGAAUCUACAAAAGAGGAUAUAAUUAAAAGAAGGGAUCAAGAUAUUGCAAAUUUACAGAAUGAAAUUAGAAACCAAUUUACGAAUGCAGACCACUUAGCAAAACUUCAAGAUUUUACGAAGACGUUUAAGAAGAAAUUACUGAUGGAUAAAUCGUACUUAGGUAAAUUGGUUUCGGAGAUCAGAAAUUUAAAAGGUACAGCGGAUAUGUCAACAGAUUUGAUGCUAUUUGUUGAAUGUGUUAGAACAUUUUUUGCUUCUUUCAUCUACCAUUUACUUUUAGGUAAUAAAAACAGUUAUGGUUUGUAUACCCAAAUUAAAAGAUUGCACAAGCUGAUGCCAUAUACAAUGAUGUCGCAAAUUAUGAAAGUAACAAAUCCAAUGUCCAUCAUGAAAGGUAUGACUGACCUAUUCUUGACACAGCCAUUUGGAGGUUACUCUUUAAUUCAAACAAUGUUCACUACUGUUUUAAAUGAAGACUUAAAAGCACAGAAUAAGAUAAUCAAGAAACUCGAGAAGAUGAUUUUGGAAGAAGGUCCAGGAUCACAGGCAUUAAUAAAUUGUUUAAAGAAUUUUGUUGCAAACCCUGAGGCAUCAAGUAACUUAACGAUCGAAACCAUCAAGGAAGAUUCUAAAGCAAUGGAAAUGCCAAUAUCAUUGAUUAUUCUAAUAAGGAAUGCAGAAUCAGGUAAUAUCCCGCAAACAAUAGUUGAUCAAGUGAUUGAAUCUUACAUGAACUGGAAAAUACAGCAUGGAUCAGAAGGUGUGAUUACAGAAUCUGAGAAAGCCAUAAGUUUACUGUUUUCAAACGUUAAGGAAUUGUUACAGCUUUAUUAUAAAGAACACGAUAAGAAAUUGAUGAGAAAAAUGUGGCAGGAUCCUGAACUUUCUCAGCUAUUAAAAGCAUUUGUUAAUGUCAUUUAUGAUCCAAUGGUGAAAGUAUUUAAAGUUGCUAAUGUUGCAGUUGCCCUAAAACUUUUUGAAAAAUUCAUGAAUGAUUUAAUAAAAUUAAUCAACAGCAAUAUACAUGGGGAACUUGGGGUUUGUACGAAAUUUGAUAUUAUUUGUAGUUUGAACAAUUUAUUACUGAAACACCAAGAAGGCUAUUUGAAAUUGGCCAUUGAUUUUUGCAAAGAUGAUACGGAAGGAAUUGUUGAUGAAUAUGUGCAAUGGUUUGAGAACAUUUUAGAAUUUUUGAGAAAUGAUGAAGCCGAAAUAAAGAAAGAUAUGGUAGAUAUUGAGUCACUAUCCAGAGAAGCAGCGACUGACAUUGUGACGUUAAAGACAGAAAUCGAUGAUAUAAUUGACAACAAAUUCGAUAUAAGACGCAUCCAUAAAGAACUAAUAUUGUUACGUAAAAAGAAGAUGAAGAUAAUUAUUGAUAAUACAGGGACAACUAAUAUAGAUAUCUUAAAUGAUAAUUCCUAUUCAUUGGCAGACAUUAACAAUCAACUUGAGUCGCUUGAAAAAAAAUACAAGGAAUUGGUUGAAAAGGAUCCAUCUGUAGUAGAGAUAGAAAAGCUAAGGACACUGGCAUUUAACGAUUAUGUGAAGGACAUUUUUAAAAUGUAA